GGAUACAAAUAAACUUGAAAACCAACCAACUUUAUCAGUUUGCUCAAACCCCAUUUCCUCAGUGGCUUCUUCUACUAUGGCCCGUCUGGCAAACUUCAAUGGAGUCUCUGAAACUCUGCCAGGCAUUGCAAAGUUUCCCAGCAUUCGACGAACCCAAAAGAGAGUAAAAAAAAUUGGAUUCCUAUGCAAGAAAACCGAUGAUGAUUCGCAACAACACUCACUGCAAACUACAAGAAGGCUAGCACUCGGCCUUGCCUCCAUUACACUUGUUGGGAACAGCUGCAAUGGAGUCUCUCUUGCUGAGGAGAAUAGGUUCUGGCUCGAUGGCCCUUUACCUGUUCCUUCUGUGUAUAACAAUAUCGCGAAUGAGAAGACGGGUACUCGUUCGUUUCUUAAAAAAGGAGUUUACAUAGCAGAUAUUCCUACCAAAGGCAGAAUGUAUAGGCUAAGGAAAUAUGCAUUUGAUCUCCUGGCUAUGGAGGAUUUGAUCGGACAAGAUACGCUGAACUAUGUCCAGAAGUAUCUUCGACUCAAAUCCACCUUCAUGUACUAUGAUUUCGACAAAGUUAUCUCCGCAGCACCAGUUGCUGACAAGCAACCUCUUACCAAUCUGGCUAACAGAUUGUUUGACAAUGUGGAGAAGCUAGAUGACGCUGCUAAACAGCGCAAUCUGACACAGACAGAGACAUUUUACAAAGACACUAAGGUUAUCCUCCAAGAGGUCAUGGAUAGAAUGGCAUAAAUCUAUAAAAUCUGUUUGUCUGAUAAAAGGAAAGGUUGGUCGAUUAUUUGAAUGGACAAUAUAUGGUUACAAUUCUAGAUUUAUCAGUUUUGCAAAUUAAAAAAGCAGCUUAUUGUUCUUUUUUAGUAA